CAACCUACACAUUCAUCAUGCUCGCUGCUAUGAGAUUUGGUCGUUCCAUGUCUAUUGCCCGCACUGCUAGAAGCUCUGCAUUCGGGUCAUCAGUAGCUGCUCGCGCUGCUUUUAGGUCAUUGGCUUCUACUGCCACUUCUGGUGAUGAGCAUAUUAAACAUGCCGAUCUUUUGAAGCGACUUGAGCUUGAGGCUGUCAACAAAGGUGUUUAUAAUGGCACAUGGGGUGGUAAUGGCGAGGUUGUCCAUUCUAUCAACCCUGCUACUGGCAAGAUCAUUGCUAGCACCAAGGUUGGAACUCCUGCUGAGUUGCAAAAGACUCUUGAUAUGAUGGACAAGAUUCAGCCCAUGUGGAGAGAUACUCCGGCUCCACGCAGAGGUGAGAUUGUUCGUCAGAUGCGUGUUGCUCUCAACGAUCGCAUUCACGAUCUCGGCAAGCUGGUUGCACUCGAGAUGGGCAAGAUUCUCCCCGAAGGUGUUGGUGAGGUUCAAGAGUAUGUGGAUGUUUGCGACUAUGCUCUUGGUUUGAGUCGUAUGAUUGGCGGAGGUGUAUUUCCUUCUGAGCGUCCUGGUCACUUUAUGAUGGAACAAUGGAAUCCUAUUGGCAAUGUUGGAGUGAUUUCUGCAUUCAACUUUCCUGUUGCUGUUUACGGAUGGAACAGUGCUCUUAGUUUAGUCUGCGGUAACCCUGUAGUCUGGAAGAGUGCUCCCACCACUAAUCUAUCUGCUGUUGCGGUGACCAAGAUUCUUGGACGUGUUUUGGAGGAGAAUAAUCUUCCUGGUGCUCUUUGCUCACUCGUCACUGGUGGUGUUGAUGUUGGUGAAGCCAUGUCAAAAUCCUCUCAAGUAAACCUUCUUUCCUUUACUGGAAGUACCGAGGUUGGCCGCCGCGUUGGUGAAACUGUGCAGGGGCGUUUUGGUCGUUCUCUUCUUGAGCUUGGUGGUAACAAUGCGAUUGUUGUUAUGGAGGAUGCCGAUCUUGAUUUGGCCAUUCGUGCCGUUCUUUUUGCUGCUGUUGGUACUGCUGGUCAACGCUGUACCACUACCCGUCGUCUGAUUCUCCAAGAAUCUAUUCACGACGAAUUCAUUGCCAAGCUUACCAAGGCCUAUGAGCAGAUUCGCAUUGGCGAUCCACUUGUUGAGGGUACUCUCUGUGGUCCACUUCACACUGCCAAUGCUGUUGAGCAGUACAAAAAGGGACUUGAAAGUGUUAUUCAGCAGGGCGGCAAGAUUCUUUAUGGUGGCAAGGUCCUUGACCGCCCAGGAAACUUUGUGAUGCCCACCAUCACCUCUAUUGAUGCGUCUGCUCCAGUGGUCCAGAAUGAGAUCUUUGUGCCUAUUCUCCACACUUUUAAAUUCAAGACUCUUGACGAGGCUAUCAAGAUUAACAACUCGGUGAAGCAAGGUCUUUCCAGCUCCAUCUUUACAAGUGAUGUUUCCAAGCUGUUCAAGUGGACUGGACCAAACGGAUCUGACUGUGGCAUUGUCAACUGCAAUAUUCCAACCAACGGAGCCGAGAUUGGUGGUGCCUUUGGUGGUGAAAAGGAGACUGGUGGUGGCCGUGAAUCGGGCAGUGAUUCGUGGAAGCAAUAUAUGCGUCGCCAGACUUGUACGGUCAAUUACAGCGGGGCUAUGCCGCUUGCUCAGGGCAUCAAAUUUGAAUAAACUACCAGCAAGCAUUUGAAUG